AUGAGCUGGAGUUUAGUUGAAACGCCAAGAAAUGCCGAGGGUAUCAAAAAGUUAGAGGAUCAGAUUAGGAUCGCUGCUGACAAGAAUAUCCUUCUCUAUUGUGCCGCUACUGAUAAAGCACCCUAUGACGAUGAUACAAGACUCUAUCCACAAGAUAGCGAUACCAAGCAUAUCCUAAUAGUCGGCUCAGCUAGGGAGAAUGGUGAAGAGUCUUCAUUUGUCAAUCUCGCACAAGUCGACUACCUCUUCCCCGGCGAGGGAAUCACCGAGCUCGACGAUCAGAAAGGAAGUUCCGCCGCCGCCGCCCUGGCUGCAGGGUUUUCGGCACUCAUUCUCUGGUGCUUCAGGAAGAAUCCUCCUCACCAAAUCCCUUCCUGCAUUCUCAAUCCGACGAACAUGCACUAUGUCUUUGAGAGCCUAAAAGAUUCUGGGAGCAAAUGGAUCAACGUAACCAAGAUGAUUGGCCUCAAAGACAUUAAAACUAUGGACGAAGUUGUAACUUACUGUACUUCGGUGACAACCUUGAGGGCAGGGAAGCAAACAAGAGGAUGCUUUAUUGGAGAAAUCGGCUCUCGGUAG